AUGCUAAUAAAUAUUUUAAUAAAUCAAUGCUCUGAUUUUUUUACUAUUCGAUUUUACACUCAAAUUAAUCAGCAAAUUUUUAAUGAAAAAAAAUUUAAUGAAAUUAAAUCUCGUGAACUUAAAGCAUGUGAAAUUGCAGAAAAUAAUAUGAUUGACAUUAUAGAUCCAAUGAAUGGAUAUUGUAUUGUUAAAAGUCAAUCAAAUUCGUCCAAAGUAUAUGAGGUAUAUUUAUGUGAUGUAACUGUCAAGACCAGUCCUCUUUUGUGUAAACAUAUUCGUGCAGCGGCUAGUGUUCUUGGAGGGUUAGAAAUAUGGAAUCUAUCAUUAGAUUCUGAAAGGAUAGCAUUUUAUCAAAAUAACAACAUGAUGCAAGAUCAAUAUACCUUAAAUUCAAAUACUGCUAAUCAAUUUCAUGAAGAAACUCCGGAUCAAAGUCAAAAUUCAUUAAAUUCAAACGCUAAUCCUAAUCAACUUUUAUCAAGCAGAGUUUCAAAUGAAAGAAAUCGUAAUAAACUAAAAAUUACACCACACUCAUUUACAAGAUCACACAGAACAAAUAAAACCCAAGAAAACAAGGAAAAUUCUUCUUGGAUACCAAAUAAAAUUCGUGGGAAAAGACCUACAAAUGUUUUGGGAAAAAAUAAGUUAAAUGUUAAAAGAAGAAAGGACGAUAAUGAUAUUAUCGAAAAUGCACUUAAAGAAAGAUUUAAUAACUUACUUUCUUUACAUUUGGAAUCUUGA